CUUUCCUCAUGUUUGAAUCGUUACGUCAUAGGACAGGACAGUGAGCUCAUUACUUACAGCGAAACCGCCUCAGCACCACUGUUAAAACGUUAAUGUCUCAUCCUAUACACCAGUCUCGUUGUAUGCUUGAAGUUCGAACAGCUGCCUGUUGAACUGCAAGGGACCGCUAUAUAACUCGACUCUGGAGUAGACAGAGCUUUCUCGACUGUGCCAUCUCUCUUCAUUACACUGUGAUGCGCACACAAUAACCUCCCGCUAUGAACCGACGCGAAUUGCGUGGCUCGGAAUGAUUAGCGCUCGAAGACAACGUGUUUGCCAUGCUUCUAACGUUCGGCCUCGCCUCUGCUAAAGGAUGAGACGCCAACUCCCUUCUCACACUCUUCUCAUUGUUCCCCACCGUUUCGCUCGCACUGACCUACGACCACUCGUGAUGAGUGAAGACCGUAGGCCUGAUUCUCCUCCAGGAGCCUCCAGAACCAGCCAGGCAAAUGUUGCUGAAAGCUCGAACCAACCUCGUAGAGGAAUCCGUCAGUCCCUGCGGAAAUUGAAGAAUGCGUUAACCAAAAAACUUCCUAAACGCUUCAAGCGAACAAGCGACCGCACCACUGCGGUCCAGAACGUUGAAACUGAAGGGGCUUCAUCGGGUCGGAAAGUCGAGGACAUGCUGCAUCCUUCGACCGAUAACAAGCAUCCCACCACACCUGAGAUUCCCAGCGACUCCGUGAAUCAAGUGCUGUCCGUAGAGCCUCCUUCUCAGGUUCAGCCUGUUCCUCCUGGCGAGGAGGAAGGACCUAAUCUCCAAUUAGCUAAUGCUGAACUUAAGGGUGCCUGUGAUGGCCCCAGCGGGUCUCGCUGCCGCGGAUGA